UCAGAUUCCAAUAAGCAGAAAUUUAGUUUUUCAAAAACAAGCGAGAAGAAAUGUUUGCAGCGAUAAUCACAACCUUGACUCUGUCCGUCUGUGCAGUGGGUGCAGAUGUUCCUGUCCUUAUCCAGUCCCCGAGCAUACAGCGUGUCACUGAGGGUCGCACGGCGUGGUUAUGGUGUACCAUGAUCAACGCCAGGCCGGAAAAGACUGACCUCCACUGGUAUCAAAAACUAUCUGGGCAGGACAAGCUGGUUUUAACACACAAGGCAGAUGGCAGCUCAUCGAGGGUAUGGGGUUUCAAUGAGAGGUUCCAGUCUUACAGAGACACGUCCAACAACAGCUUCACCCUGUCGAUCACAGACGUGGUGCACAAUGAUUCUUCCGUCUAUUUCUGCAGAGUGUGGGGAAGCAUCAAUGGGAAAGGCACCCAGCUCAUCGUAACCAAUCCUGCAGAUGAUCCCGUCCUUGUGCAGUAUCCACUGGUCAGCAAGGUGCCAGAGGGAGUAACUGUCCAGCUCCACUGUGCCUUGUAUAACGCCAGUGUCAAUGUCACCGAUGUCCACUGGUACCACCAGCGCCCUGGGAACAAGAGCGAGUGGGUGUUGAGUCACUUUGUGAAUGACUCGGUGAGCAGGUCCGGGGGUAUCUCUGACUGUUUUCAGUCUCACAGGAAUGGCGUGAAUAACAGUUACAUUCUGACCAUCAGCAACACAUCUAUUAGUGACACUGCAGUGUACAAGUGCGGUGUGUGGAAUUACAUCUACGGAGGAGGAACUCAGCUCAAUGUAACUGAAGCAGCUGAAGGUGGGCUUUGGAAAGUCUUGGCCAGUAUUCUCACCAGUAUCCUCGUACUCGUCCUCUUAUUCUGCAUCUUAGUAUCAGCAAUAUGCUGUGUGAAAAAAUGGGCAUGUUUUCAACAGAGAUUAACACCAGUAAGGUGCUCUACUGAAGAUCAAAACACAGUGUAUGCCAAUGUUACAGCUAAAACCAAGGUGAAUACACAGGCAGCUAAAAAUGCUACGGUGGCAGAGCAAUCAGAGAUGUUUUAUGCUGAUAUUCAGUUCCAACGGCAGAAGACAGCUCCAAAAAUUGAAGUCACUGAGGAAACAACUGAAUAUGCCGUCAUCAAACGCGCCCAGUGACUAAAAAUAAUUCUUCAGCAGCAGCAGCAGGUUAUUAAAUAUGUGUGUGCUUCUUGCUGGUAAAAAUCAGCACAUGGGACUCCGGAAUGUCACACCUCUCUCAUUCCACCAACUACAACGUGAUCCCACAAUCACCACGUCCUCCCCUUCCCCACCCCUUUCUGCUUUCCACAGGGUCUACAACUUCCUGGUCUGUCCAUCUCUCCCCACCCAUUUCUUCCCAUCCCCAGGGACUUUCCCAGGCAACUGCUGGAGAACAAACCUCUUCACAAAUUCACAGUCAAACAGAAUGGAAACAAUCCCUUUUAAAUAUCAUUAAUGUACCUGCCUCAACCACUUGCUCUGGCAGUUCAUUUCAUAUACUGACCAAUCUGGAUAGAAACAUUGCCCCUCAGGUUCCUAUUCAAUCUCUCCCCUCUAACCUUCAACCUGUGCUCUCUAAUCCUGGGAAAAGGACUCUGCACAUUGAGUAUCUCUGCCCCUUGUGAUAUUAUAUACCGCUCAGUCUCCUACUGCAAUGAAUGAAGUCCCAACCUGUUCAGCCCCUCUCCAUAACUCAGUCCCCUGAGUCCUGACAAUAUCCUCCAUCUCCUCGUUUCUAUUGAAUGACAUCUUUCCUACAACAAAACUGAAAACAAAACUCCAAAUGUGGCUUCACUUCCAUGUCCACCAUCACCAAAAUGGCCCUUCCCCGAUGAGGUGGGCAGUAUUGCAACUCCUCCAGCAUUAGUGGUUGCACCUGGGCCUCCUCUACCUCUGAGAACGACCAGAUGGGGGCAACGGCAAUGUUCAACACCUACAUUCCUCCCUCCAGAAAUGACCCAUUUAUGUCUGUCUCCACUACCUGACAAUCCUUUAAAAUUGUGCUGCAGCUGUGCUUAUUCAAUGGCUUUUGAAACUCCAAAUACAUUGAAUAGACAGGAUCAGAUUUAUCCUGCUUCUGACGUCCAUAAUGAAUGGACAGAAACAAUUUCUAAAUGUCCUGAUCUGGCCACCUCCAGCUCACGGACACGUAAGACACACUCACUUUCUGUCCGCCUUUAAUCUCUCCCUUUUCCGACUUAAACUUUGAAAUUGCAUCUUUAUUCAGUCGGAUCUGUAGAGCUGCAGUUAUAAUUAUGGCUACUUUAAGAGGCAUCAGGCGAAAUCUGGACCCAGCCAACGGAAAGUCUAAAAAAACUGACAAGCUCUUGGAAGCACCUUCUUGGGUGCAGAGAUCAGAGUCUCAAAUCAGCAGUAUUGGCACUGAAAUAACUCAACUAAAAGAGGAAUUUGAAGAAAAAAUUGAUUCCCUGUGCCUUGAUCUUAAAGAAGUUAGUCAAAAUGUGGCUGUCCUUUCUUCUCGUUUGGAAAAGGCUCAACAAGGUGAUGCACCAUCAAUAACUCACUCUGAGACGUAAGGUGAGGUAUCGGCUUUUAUUGACUGGAAGAAGGAACAAGCAGUGGUUGACCACCAUACUACAUCCUGGAGACUGAGAGGCCGGGCUCAGGCCUCAAUCGCCUUUAUACAGGGGUCUGUGGGAGGAGCCACAGGAGCAGUCAGCAGGGGGCGUGUCCAGACAGGUAUAUGUAGUUCACCACACAAGGAAUUGUGGACCUGGAAGCUCGGUCACAUUGGAAUAAUUUUCGAAUUGUUGGAUUAAAAGAGAAAUCAGAAUCUGCUGACACACUGGAUUAUUUUGCUAAAAUGUUUCAGUCUUUAUUUCCGGAGGUUUGUUCACAACUCCCGGAGGUUCACAGAAGUGGUGCUUUAAACCUUUUGGGUGAAGGUAAAAACAGGCAUAUUGUUGUGCGUUUUCUCCAUUUUAGAGACAAAGAACACAUUAUUAAGCUUGCAAGAAAACAAAGGUUUUUUUCAACUUCAGGGUUCGGCGAUUUGCUUUUCUGAAGAUUUUCCACCUAAAAUUGUCAAGAAGCGUGCUGGAUUCGCCUCAGCUAUGAGAUUAGCGUAUCAAAAAAAGCUCUUCCCAUCGUUAGAAUACCCAGCCAAAUUAAGGCUUUCUGUCAAAAAUUCUGGAGCUCGUACUUUUGAUGACCCAGCCAAAGCAUUGUGUUUUAUUAACUCUUUGUCUGAUGAGUCUGAUGACGAAUCUGAAGCCUGAAGUUUGAAUGAUCUACAACAGUUUGAUUGUCUCGUUGCAUGAAGAGUGAUGAAAUUGGAAGAUUUGAAGGUUAUAGAAAGUCUUUACCUUAAAAUGUAUUUUUAUCUCUGAAGAAGACUGGUUUGGAUGGUUUUAACCUCAGAAGACAUAAUGGGAGAACUGUUGAAAGACUGCAGAGAAUUUUGAACUAGAAUUUUUUCUCUGCAGCAUUUAAAUGAACUAACUGUUCUUUUUUGUUCCAUAUGCUUUUGUAAAGAUUUGUAAGUAGUUGCUUGUAUUUUUUUUACAUUUUAAAGUAUUACAUACCCUGUAACUGGGUAUCUAACCAGCAGAGAAGGAAGAAUCCGUUGGAGUCUGGUGGUAUUAUUUUUAAAAAGUGUUUAUUAGUAAAAUACACAAAUCAAUAUCAAUAAUGCAAAUAUAUAGAUAAUACACGUUAGUAAUAAUAAACCUAAAAGUGUGGGUAUAAUAUUAAUCAAUAAUAAACAAGCUCUAUCGAUGUCUAGUGGAUAAUGAAUUGUCAUAUGUGAAUAUAAAGUUCAGUUCAGUUCAUACGUGCUGUAGUGUUCUUCCACAGGUGUAAAAGAACUCUGAACUAAACACCAAGCUUAAACCAAUCAAUGAGGCAGUCCCAGUAAGAUUAACCGUUUACUGUUCACUCUUCCACAUUAACGUAUGGUGAAAAGGCGUUGCUUCACUGAUGUUUCUAGUGCGUAGAAAGAAAACUUAUCUCGCACUGAUCCUGCACAUGUGAGCCCCCUCCUUCCCGUUUCUCCAAACCGGUAUUUUCCCACAAGACGCGGCGAAACCGGGUGUGACGUCAUCGCAUGCCACAAUAUAUCACGGACAACGAAUUUACUUUAAACAAUCUUAACUUUAACUAGAAAACGAUAACAAACGAAUUAUUAAAGCGAAAAUAUAAUAAACUAAACAAAUGCCAUAAAGGCAACACAUGUGCUGAGAUAGAUGUUGGUUGUUGUGUUGUAAUCGUUGGAGAGAGAGAGAGAGAGAGAGAGAGCAGUAACAGCUACAGACAGGCAAACCUUCCUUUAUGUUCUUGAUCCGUCAUUUCGUUGUUGUUCUGGUCAUUCAGGUAUGACCCCUCUGUCCUUCAGCUAGACCGUUCUUCUGUGGUGGACCCGUCACUCUGGCAUGAGUGGACAACCACGCAAGCCCCUACCGGCCCUGCUAUAACACUGUGAGUUCAAGUGACCGAUCUCUUUGUUCGGUCUCCGAUGCCCCACACCUUCCCAUGGGUUCCAACACUCAAUCAGUGCUCAAUAGUGUCUCCUGGUGUAUCUGAGGGGUGUCUCCUCAGACCUCACUUUAAUCCCUACACACGGGGUCAAUCAAUUUUGAAUGGCUGUGUCAAUCAAACCAGCCCACUCUGGCUGUCCACUGAGGAAUUUUAAUGAACAGAAUGGUUUAAGAUAAACAACCCUCUCAGAAGCCAUAAGUCUUUCAGAAGUCAUAAUAUGGUGAAUCAACAAGUCUCUCUCCCAUCUCUCUCUUAUCUGUAGCAGAUGUUCCAGCAUGUUUUCUCUUACAUCUCUCUCUCUCAUUAGCAGCAUAGCAACAGUAAUGGUUUGUGAUUCUCCCGGGGCGGGUGGGGGGGAACAUGGGCAACUCUGCACCCUUCUGCCCAUCAGAGCUGUUCAUCCUUUGUAACAAAAGAUAGAAUGGAUAAUUUAAGGAUGGUGAUUGUUUUUCUUCUAUGCAAAUAUUUCAAGAAUUGUUUUGGAUGUGUUUUUCUUCCCUUAUCUAAUAUUAUGAUGCUUACUUUCAAAAUUGAAGGUCGUUUUGUUCUACAAAAAAAACACUGUUCCUUCCAAUUUAAUUAUAUUAAGAUUCAUGUCGACUGUAAUGAGUUUUAUCUUCAGUAGAGGGAGAAAUUUACUCCCCAUGAGUGGUUCAGUUGUGAGGCAGCAGAGGUUUGAGAUCAGAGUUUUCCUUCUCUAUGAACUGUCAACCAUGGCUAACAAGUCCCAUUUUCCUGAAGCGAUUGGUUUUAAGGCAGCAGUAAACUGCCCUUUCCCCUUCUCCUAUUGGUAGAAAUGGUUUCACUGAGCUCAGUAGCUAAGCCACAGGUAAUGACCAGAAUCUGGACUUGGUUGUCAGAGGUCAUUUGAGAUGCACGAUAUUGGGAGCAUUUAAUAGGGAGUGGGAGCUUAUCCCCACUAAACCAUCACCCCACCCUGCCACCCACCUGGCUAUGACAACUUUAAAGGAACCCAGGAAAAUGGAUACCAUUUGCUAAUUUUUAGGACAUUUUGUGAAUUAAGUACAGAUAACUUCCAUCUUACAGGGAAAUGGGGAGCUCUGUGGAAAGGUAGUGUUUGUCGAAGACAGAACAGAUUGCAAUUUGCUUUAACGUGAAACCUUGUCAAUUGCUGAUCCUAUAAGAAAGUGGGUGAGGCUUCAGCUCAAUUACUGCUGUAAUGUUCGGGCAGGUGGGGCUCGUCAGCCUUGGAUAGCAACCUGCCUGGGCAAAGAAAACUUCUGAUUUUAAAUCUCCGCUGCCUUGCGGCCAUACUCACCCAUGGGAGAGGCUUCGGGAGUAAACCCUGAGGAAGAAAUCCAGAGCCAGGGUCCCUAAGCCAGUUUGAUGUUGUCUUCAACUUCACUCUGGCAACCUCUGCGAUGAUAUUGGUGCUAAGCUGUACUGGUGAUUGCCCUUCCCUUGGACUACGUCAGUGACAUGGAGAGGAGGAGCCUGCUGCAUGGGCGACAGCCGGUUCUUCAAAUCUUCCCACCCAGGCUUGAGAGGACACAGUCCACUAGAGGCACAAACCCACGAUCACCUGAGAUCGACGCGGCCUACUAAAGAGGCAUGUAUCCUGCUUGUGGAAAAAGAGUUUACUCCCUCAAUUUGUAUUGUGUAA